GCUCCAUGGCGACUCCGAAUGAUCGCGCCGUGCUGCAGGCCAUCUUCAACCCCAACACCCCGUUUGGAGAUGUUGUGGGGUUGGACCCGGAAGAAGACGCAGAGGAGGAGGAAGCCGAUGAAGACAGAGGUUUCCCUCAAGCACAGCUGGAGCAGUCCAAGGCCCUGGAGCUGCAGGGGGUGAUGGCAGCUGAGGCUGGGGACCUGGGCACAGCCCUGGAGAGGUUUGACCAAGCCAUCCACCUGCUGCCUGAGCGAGCCUCAGCCUACAACAACCGAGCCCAGGCCCGGCGACUCCAAGGAGACGUGGCAGGCGCCCUGGACGACCUGGAGCGCGCCUUGGCGCUGAGCGGCGGCCGGGGCCGCGCCGCCCGCCAGGGCUUCGUGCAGCGUGGGCUGCUGGCGCGACUGCAGGGCCGGGACGACGACGCCCGCGGGGACUUCGAGCGGGCGGCGCGGCUGGGCAGCCCCUUCGCGCGGCGCCAGCUGGUGCUGCUCAACCCCUACGCCGCUCUGUGCAACCGCAUGCUGGCCGACAUGAUGGGGCAGCUGCGCGGCGCCCCGAACCAAUAAAGCUGCCGGGCUCACCGA